AUGUUCAAUUUAGACCUAAUCUAAGAAUUUGAAGUGAAUGGAUAUAAUUUACCGAAAAUGGAUAAAAAAUAAUGCAUUAAUCAAAUUAAAUAAUUGUUGUAAACUCAUCCAUUAGAUAUUGACUUUAUUGUUUCUAAUACGAAACCAACAAUAAAUUAAAUGAAUAUAUUAUAAUAAAAGUCAGAGAUUUCAAGAAUCCUUAAUUCUAAAAAUGAUUAUAAGAUUACAAGUCCAGUUUUUGAUUUUAAACAAUUGAAUGAAUUACUUCCAAAUAAGAAUAGAAAUAAGAUGAAUGAGAUUAAAUGUAAAGUGGAGACUCUUUUGAAUAGUAGUCAUAUAGAUCCCCCAUAAACAAUAAAGAAAAGGUAAGUGAUUAAUAUAUAUGAUUAGAUGGUGGACAGAAGAUGAAGAUUAAUAACUUAAAGAUUUGGUUUAAUAAUAUGGUGCUAAAAAUUGGAAGAAAAUCGCUUCAUUUUUUGAAGAUAGAACAGAUGUAUAAUGUUUACAUCGUUGGCAAAAAGUUUUAAAUCCUGAUUUGGUGAAAGGUCCUUGGACUUAAGAAGAAGAUGAACUUUUAGUAAGAUUAGUAAUUGGAUAUGGACCUAAGAAUUGGAGUUAGAUAGCAAAACAUUUACCGGGUAGGAUUGGAAAGUAAUGUAGAGAGAGGUAAUUAUAUAAAAAUUAAUAUAAAGAUUUCAUAAUCAUUUAGAUCCAAAGAUAAAUAAAGAGAGAUGGACAGAUGACGAGGAUUAAACUAUAAUAGAGGCUCAUAAAAAAUUAGGAAAUCGAUGGUCUUUGAUUGCUGGAUUAUUAAAUGGUAGAACAGAUAAUUCAAUUAAAAAUCAUUGGAAUAGUACAUUAAAAAGAAGAUUGAAGAUGUAAAAUAGAUGGGAAGAUUUAUAAGUAUUAUAAAAUUAAGAUGACACUUAAAUUAAGGGCAUUCCAAGAAGACAUAUGUAAAGAAAAAUCAUUUAUUAAAAAACACCAGUGAAAAUGAUUAAACAUGAUCCUGUUUCAAGAUAAUUGAAUUUUUAAACUCCAUAGUAAUAAUCUCCAUCAAGUAAACAGAUUAAUUAUGAUUUAAUCUAGAACCUGAGUAAGUUUCAAAAAGUUUAUUUAUUGUAUUUCCAAAUUACAACUUAAAGUUAAUGAAGUACUCUAGUGAAAAUCUUAUUAAAUAGUUGGGUGAAUUAGUAAAUUUUGAUCUUGAUUUCAAUAAACAAUGUAGUUAUGAAUGA